AUGAUGGAUAUUGUGCUCGACGUCGUCACGUCUACAUUAGCUUCGGCAGUUAAUUUACAAGACUUUCGACAUGUCUUCCUUUGGGCGCUAAUAGUUGGAAUAUGUCUCGCUUUUCUACUUGGAUUUGGUAUGGGAGCCAAUGACGUGUCAAAUGCAUUUGGUACUUCUGUUGGCUCUGGAGCUCUCACCCUGGUUCAAGCCUAUUUUCUUGCCACGAUAUUUGAAACUCUUGGAGCAGUGCUAGUUGGUUAUAAUGUGAUAGAUACAAUGAGAAAAGGAGUUGUGGAUGUAGCUGUAUAUAACAAUUCUGCUGGAGAUUUCAUGGUUGGACAAGUUGCUGCAUUAGGAGGAACAGCCACGUGGCUUCUCAUCGCCACAUUCCUCCAUCUUCCGGUUUCUACAACUCAUGCUGUCGUUGGAGCAACUCUUGGAUACUCGAUUGCCUGUAAAGGAUUUCAAGGAAUUCAGUGGAUGAUGGUUGUGAAUAUCAUUGCAUCCUGGUUCAUCUCUCCAAUUUUCUCUGGAUGUGUCUCACUUCUUCUAUAUCUGUUUGUGGAUCAUGUUAUUCUUAGAACGUCCAACCCAGUUCGUAACGGACUCAUGUGGCUCCCGAUUUUCUAUUUCGUGUGUCUCGCAUUCAAUAUGUUCAUGAUUUCUUAUCAAGGCUCCAAAGUGCUCGACCUCUCUACAGUACCCCUUUGGAUUGCAAUUCUUACCAGUCUAGGCGCUGGAAUCCUCGCAGCUGUUGUUUGUCAUUUCUUAGUGGUCCCGAGGAUUCGGAAAUUCAUUGCUAAAGGAAAAGAAACAGAGACUCGCGAUUCCAACGCAAGCUCGAUUGUGAUUUCAAUGUCAGAAGAUCCGGAAAUGAGUAAAACUGCAAUCCAAAGCGGAUUUACAGUCUCUAUAUGCACCAGUGAGACAGAAACUGAGCAAUCUCCAGCAGAACCACCAGGAAAAGUCAAAGAGUUCUUCACUUGGCUCUUGCCUGACAAAAAACGAACAGAAAGUCCGGACACUUUGAGAAUGUUCACUUCAGUCCAAACUCUGACUGCCUGUUUUGCCGGUUUUGCUCACGGAGCCAACGACGUCUGCAACGCCAUCGCUCCUCUCGUUGCUCUCAUUGCGGUGUAUCGAGAUUUCGACGUCUACCAAAAGAGGGAGACUCCAAUCUAUGUACUUCUUUACGGAGUGUUGGCUAUCUGUGUCGGGCUCUGGUGCCUUGGACACAAGGUAAUUCGGACAGUGGGUUCAAAAAUGAGUGAAGUCAACCCGGCAUCCGGCUUCUGUAUCGAGUUCGGAGCAGCAGUUACUGCUCUCCUCGCCUCAAAACUCGGGCUUCCCAUAUCUACAACUCAUUGUCUUGUUGGUGCAGUGGUUGCUGUUGGAAGUGUAAAAGCAGGAAGAUCUAUCGACUGGGGACUCUUCCGAAAUGUUGCCUUCUCAUGGAUAGUCACCCUACCAGUCGCCGGAGGAUUCGCUGCUCUCUACAUGUGGCUCCUCCACUUCACAAUCCCAUCCCGCUAUGCAUAA